AUUCACCACUUUCACCACAAUUUGACAUUUUAGGUGCCUGUGACCUUAAUUUAGGAUUUUAGGUUCUUUAUUAUUGUUUACACACCUGUGGAGGGCAUUGAACUCAGGAUAACUCUAUAAAUCUUUAAGAAAAUGCUUCAAAACGGAAGGAAAGGCAUCCUUGAUGGCCUUUAUAGUCCCAAAAGAUGCACAAGAUACAAAACCUGAAGAAUUUGGCAAGGAAAUUGUGAAUUUUUAACAUAACCUGUAAAAAGUUUCAAAAAUCUCAGGAUGCCAUGGCAACUCCUUGGAGGACAAACAAACCAGACCAUAUGCACCUAUUGAUUUAUCACAGCUGUGAAAAUCCUGCCUCUCCCUAACUUCUUGCAGUUCUCAUUCCUCUCAGGAAUCUAGAAUACACAAAAAGAUGAGUCAGAGUGACUUCUCAGGUGUUCUGGAGCGUGAACAGAUGGGAACAGGGCAGAAUAUUACAUUCCAAGUGGAUGAUUUGAUGGAUAAAUUGAAACUCCUCAACUAUGAUCGUCUCCUGGUGCGUGAAUUGAAGAUUAAACCACCAAAUAGGAUGUACUUUGCCAAGUCCACAAAUCCCGGAGAGCAAUUCUUCAUGUUUACAUCCAUCUGUGCCUGGCUAAUGCGGAAGUUGGGUCAUCAAUUUGAGCAGCCUCAGGAAUUUGAUGAUCCCAGUGCCACCAUUGCGAGAAUCAUUAAAAUCCUCCAGGAAAUGGACAUCCCAACGGAUUUUCCUUCAAAUAAACUAAUCCAAGGAGCUGGUCCUAUUUGUGUCUUUAUCCUCGAUUCCCUGGCCACGCAGGCUCUCAAAGUGGCCAAAGUUCACUUGAAGCGCCCCGAAACUGUCCAGGAAGAGGAUACAGUGACGGAAAUGAUUGAAAAUGAUUCAGAGAUAAUUCUGGAGAAGGUUGAGGAGGAACAGAAUGCCCUAAUGGCUGCCUCUGAGGACAGCGACGAGGAGAAUAAUUUGCUCAAUCUCAAUCUCACCGGAAGUGCCACGAAGAAUCGUGACGCCACAACGGCGGGAUUUAAUCUAAAAAAUUACCGAGCAGACAGUAUUGCUGCCACGGAGAAUUGGCGGCUGGAAUUGGAGCGUGUAAUGCCACAGCUGAAGAUUGUCGUGAAGAGUGACCCGCGUGAUUGGCGGGCACAUCUAGAGCAGAUGAAGACCUACCGGAGCACCAUUGAUCAGGCCUCAAUGGACACAGAUGCGCAACUGAAGAAGCUCCAAGCGGGCAUUGGGCAUGUAAUGGAGAAGAUUGAGAGUCGCGAGAAGCACCUAAAUGCCGAACUUCAGCCCCUAAUUGGGCAAUACCGAAGCCAUUCGGUUGAGCUGAAGCACCUCACGGCAGCCAUUGAGGAGGUUGACGCGGAGAAAGCCACCAAGGAGCGUGAGCUGGCGGGGAUUUUGUCUGAAAUUGAGACAGUUAAGAUGCAAAUGGAGCAGAGGGGGACGUCAAUUGCAAGCGAUGGGAGCCCCUUGAUUAACAUCAAGAAGGCAAUUGUGAAGAUUCGUGAGGAGAUUCUGCAGAUGGAUUUGAAAAUUGGUGUCCUGGAUCAUUCCCUGACGCAGGAAAUUAUCAAUCAUAAUGCCCAAAUUGCUGAACUUACCCCAAUGACGACGGUUUGAGCUGUCCGGAAGCGGAUUUUCGAACAUUUUGGAGGAUCCGGAGGAUUACGGGAAGUUCAGGAUGCAAAAAAAGAGGAAUUUCAAGAUACACAGACACACUUUAUUGGUGAGAUCACACGUCCCAGAACAAAAAAUUAAUUGCACUAAAAUAAAAAAAAAUACUGA